CGCAACCAAGCAAGGUUGUCGUUCGAUCCAUUGAAAGGCGCCGUGACAGCUCCUACUGACCUUACCUAGAUGGACCGUUACGGUUGUCUUCUGCAGCGAAGGAAUGUGCAGUAAAUUGGCCUGAAAAUAUUAUUGGACUCUUCUCGAGCUUUGAGGAGUACCGGAAUUUAAUAGGUCCACAGGGACCGAAUUCACCUGCUCGCCGCCAGUACCACCCGGUGAAUCCAUCCUCUCCACGACUUUCACACUGCAACCAAGCGCAGUGGCAGUUCGAUAAUCCAAACGCGCUUGGAAGAAAAAUAUCUGAUCUUACCAUAAUGUUUUGCCUUCGGAGCUGGUUGCCCGUUCUAUUCAUACCGACCAAUGCGUCUCCGGCUUUCAUAUUUAUGUUCUUCGUCUCCACUUAUUUCCUGAAUCGACCCUGCGUAUACUGUUCUCUUCUUCUACUCAUGUUAUUCGUAUCUUCAUGCUACUGGUCGGACCACUGCUUUCUGGAUCUUCGCAGUAAUUGGUUUGAACCUCGCCAUUUCUCCUCGCCACUCCCUGCUUCAAUGCCCAUGUUCGCAAACGAUUCCUUAAAUGCGUCAAAUAUGACAAUGAGUCAAGCAUCUUUCCUCGCACAGGCGAUCAACGAAACGGCCUCUUCUCUUACCGGAGCAGCCGUCGAAGGAGUGAAGAAGCGCGUGGAGCUUGACCCGCAAUGGACAGGCCUUGGGGUCGAAUGGAUGAGACGUUUACUUGGCAGACGGGAAUGGAAUAUUCCCUGUGUCGACGUCAUUAUAAGGCUAUGACAAUGGCGAUCUCGAAAGAGACGACCCCUUUCUUUCUACUUGCUUUGUUCGAGGAUUCUGGGUUAGGACAUGAGCCAUGUCUCAAACAUCUUUUGC